CUAGGGAAGCAUUGUUCCUUCUGCCAGGCCAUGGACCAGCUCAGCAGGAGCAAGCCCCAGUUGGGGCCACCCCUUCCACCUCCCAGAUGUGUAGAUUCCCCAACUUGGGGAAAAGAUGUCCACAGCCCAUGUCCUCUGCCUGCUUCUGGGACCUGGAGACACACACCCUUCCAGAAAGCUCAGGAGGAGGAGGAAGAGGAGGAAGAUGAGGAAGAUAAAUAUGAGCUGCCCCCCUGCGAGGCUCUACCCUUCAGCCUUGCCCCUGCACACUUUCCGGGCACCCAGGAGGACUCUUUGUACUUGGAUCACCCAGGCCCAGGGGGCCCAUGCAAGUCACCACCGCAGCAACUGCCGCCCCAGCCCACAACGCUGAAGGCAACACUGAGCCUGCCGGAGGCUAGGAAGCAGGGACAGCCCUUUGGGAAGCAAGAGCUGGCUACCCCGGCCAGAAUGGUGCCAGACCCACCAAAGAUAUCUGAUGAGAACCUCUACCUGGAGUGUGAGCCCCGUCCAGUCCCAGUUUCCUUGACUGUUUUAGUCCCAGUUUUGACUCGAACUCUGAGCUCUCAAGUCCUGAUGCUCCCAGUGUCUCUGCCAAGGACAUCAGUGAUGCCCAGGCCUGCCGUAGCUGCCCAGGAAGCUCAAAAUCCCUCCUGUGUCCCUGUGUCCCAGGGAGCUGUGACUGCCACCUCUAAAGCAAAAAGGAGAGCCUCUCUUUCCUGUAUAGCAUCCACCUGGAGCCCCUCAGCUGCUGAGGACAGCAGCCUUCUGGAUCAGCCUUGGUACACAGGGAACCGUGACCGCCAUGCUGUUGAGAGUGCCCUGCUCCAAUACCAAAAGGAUGGAGCUUACACCGUGCGCCCCAGCUCAGAGCCUCAUGGCUCACAGCCCCUUACCCUGGCAGUACUUCUUCACGGCCGGGUCUUCAACAUUCCCAUCCGGCGGCUGGACGGUGGGAGCCACUAUGCCCUGGGCCGGGAGGGCAGGAACCACGAGGAGCUGUUCUCCUCCGUGGCUGCCAUGGUCCAGCACUACACACAGCACCCCCUGCCCCUUGUGGACAGACACAGCGGUGGCCGUCAGUUCACCUGCCUGCUCUUCCCCACCAAGCCCUGAUGCCAUGGCUGAUUGUAUGCAGCGGCCACUGGCCCCAGAGUUUGCGCCUUGCUAGGGCCACGCUGGGAGGUCUCCCUCUUGCCUCUCCCAAGUCUCCACCCCUCCAGACCCUCCCCCACCCCUUUACCCCAGUCCCUGCAGGCCUGGAUGACAGGCUUUGGGAAAGGUUGCCCAGAGCAGAAAGAGCCCCUGAGAUCCCACCCCAUGUUCACCUGGAGCCUAGCACUGCCCUGCAUCUGUGAGGACUGGAAACAGGCAUCAGGCAGGGUUCCCCUUUCCCAGCCCCCAGGCAUGGCCAUGUCUGCGCAGUUUACUAGGGUCUUUCAAGCUGCUUUGGAUGAAAGCUUCCUCUGGGAAGUGGAGCUUCUGGGGAACAGCCCAGGGUACUGCCUGGACACAAAGAGAAUCUUUUCACAUUCUUUUCAGGGGCUUAGCACAGGGCUGGCAUCUUUGCUUGCACCCUACAUAGUCCGCUUUCAAUAAACAUUUGUUGAAUGAA